UGGUCUUUAACUUUCUGCGUGGAGAUGCUAUUAUCGCUGUUUUCUCAGCUCAUUUGAUCAGCUAUGGAGAGUGCAACCGAGAGCGUAUCGAUUGUCCCCUGCUAGGAUCCUGGUCUACUCUAGCGACUUCAUCGACUCGUUUCUGGGACGUUUGCUGAAAAGAUCUAUCUGAAUUCCUGGGAAUCGCGAGACUGGGAUCACACCGAGCCACUGCGUUGACCGAACUGUCCUGGUGUCGAGACGGUCAGACGGAUGCUCCGUCGGUUUCCACGAUCAGUCCCUCUCCCAUUGCCACUGAUUAGGGUUCUUUGACCUUAUGACCGGACGCCACACAUGCAUGGUCCCAGAUGCUCACAUCUUAUAAUAGACCAAAACUCCUGGAUCUGCAUCAGCAGCUUUCGUAGAGGGCGAUGACCUGGCAGGGCGCAUUGACACUCACUCCGCAGCAAACUCGCGACUCAUGCAGUAUUCCUAUGCCCCUACAGGAGUGAAAACCAUGAGACCUCAAUCAUCUGCUAUGUGCCACUCCGGUCGACUAGGCACCCUAGUUGGCCGUCGGAAAGGCAACCGCUCACUUGUCUUCUAAUGCGCUCUUUCGGUUAAAUAUCGACAAGUUUGAAGAGUCUUUGAGGCUCACAGUACGAGCCUCUUGUUGGUCCACCUUUGGGGAACAAGAUGAAACGAAACUCUGAGUGCUGAAGGCCACACUACUCAGCCAUGUCCUCCGAUUGCUGGCAUGUUCUGCGGUCCUGGGACAUAGUUUAUCUGGCACGAAUCUCUGUUCUGGAGGCUGUCAGAUCGGUCAAAACGGCCGACGGCAUACACCCUCUGACACAGGUUCUAACCACUCGGCCGCAGUUCACUGAUAGUCCAUCAUCUAAAAAUAAACUUAAUCGAAUCAAUGCAGAAGUUAUGUGCUCUGUUAGUCCGAUUUCUCAGCUUGCUGAAUCUUCUUAGAUCCACUAACGGACAUUUGUUCGACACUCGGCCUGCUUCGGUUGCAUGUCGGAUGCUACCAGCCAUUUCAAGCCUGUCCCAGCUCCCUGAUUCUUCAGACAGCGGUCAGAUUGACCAAAAUUAACAACUGACCAGAAAAGCAUGACUGCAGUAGGUCUCGCGGCGCACUCACUAGAGACUAGGUCAACUUCUUCUCGGUCUCUGGCACAAUCCUCCUGGGCUCAUGCAACUGCGAAUACGUUGUGGGCGCCAUUGACUAAUCGGCCGCUCUUCGAGCCGCCUUUGGACCAUUUUUUGUCCCAUAGGAAGAAAUUUAGGAUAAGAUCGACACAACCUAUUGGCUGCGCUCAUCUUGUCUCGCUUCGGGUUCUCUAUCCGCUUCUCGAUCUCGAGACCAAUAAUGCCGAGACGUAACCGGGGACGGCAGCAGUCGGACCGCUUCGAUGUGCAAAAAUAGCUCACUGAAACACGACGCGGCAUAGCCGGACUCGCUCAUGACCAGUUUUGGCUUCCAGAAUUCUCUCUUUUCUAUGGCGCGAGUCUCAUAGAGACGUCAUCGAUUCACUGGGAGGUCGUCUUGUCGCGACUGGAUGCAUUUUCACAGUGGCUCCCGCACGACCUCGUGAGAAGCGGACCCUUUCCACUUCACGAUUCACUACCGACGCAUACAAUAUUCUCGAUCGAUUCAUGGAUAACAACAUGUUUGGGCAAAUGAGAAACAUGUGCUGACUAGGCUCCCGUGAUGCGUUGAGUUCGCGAGCAAGGAGAUCCCCGAAUGCUUGAUCUCUAUGCCAAAUGGCUUGAAUGGUCAGCAGUUGGCUCCAGGGAAACCAUGUGAACCUUUCCUGAUGAAAAUUCAUCGUGACAAGCCCUCACCUGGAUCUUUGAGCACGGUUACUCCUCGGCGAAGGACAUGUGCGAUUGCCGGGGGUGGUAGUGACGCUCGUACGAACGAAUAAACGAUCCCGAGCGGACCGCCUCCAGGCAGACUGGCGGACCGCUGUGCACAACGGUCGUCUAGGGACUCCCUAUAAAGGACGCAAGGAGCAUGUAUGUGGACUCCAGUUCAACAACUCUCAGCGUUCCAACAAUGAUCUCUGUGUCUACAAUUCUCCGACUCGCUGCUCUCGUGGCUGUAGCUGCUGCUGCGCCAAGCAACGUCACGAGAACCGAGACCGCCAAGCGAGCCACCUGCACGGUGAAUAGCGUCUCAAGCGCAUCUAACCUCGGAAGUUGCACUAGCGUCGUCAUCGAAGCGUUUACCGUUCCCUCCGGGUCAACUGUUACAAUUGCGGCGGCCAGCGGCGCCACCGUUACGAUGACAGGAGACAUCACCUUUGCAAAGACCACUUCUUCGGGUCCGCUCAUCACAUUCAACACUGCGAACAUCAAUUUCAACGGGGGGAACCAUAACAUCAAUGGAAAUGGUGCUGCGUACUGGGACGGCCAGGGGACCAACGGGGGCGUGACCAAACCCCAUCCCUUUGUCAAAUUCAAGGGCUCAGGGACUUUCUCCUCCGUGACCGUCCUCAACUCUCCCGCCCAGGCCAUCUCCGUGGGAACCACCGCUGCAAGCGUCAUCCAACACGUCACUGUCGAUAACUCCGCCGGUGCCGCUCUUGGCCACAAUACCGACGGGUUUGACGUUAGCGCAUCAGGCGUGACGAUUUCCCAGUGCACUGUCAUCAACCAGGACGACUGUGUCGCUGUCAACUCUGGAGACAGCAUCAUCGUCGAAGACACGACCUGCACCGGCAGUCACGGCAUCUCAAUUGGCUCCAUCGCUUCCGGAAAAUCUGUCACCAACUUCAAAGCUGCCCGAAACACGAUCACCGGGGGCUUGUAUGGUCUCCGCAUUAAGGUCGACGCCAGCGCCACCGGUGCCAAAGUUUCCGGUGUUGUCUACGAAGCAAACAAGAUCUCGGGCAUCACCGACUACGGUGUCCUGAUCACUCAGAGCUACCCCGCAAACGACGGCACUCCCGGAACAGGCGGACCCAUCUCGGGCGUCGCUUUCAACGGCGGAACGACGACCGUCGCGGUCGACAGCAGCGCGAUGUCCGUCGUCGUCGAUUGCGGCGCCUGCUCCGGCACCUGGGACUUUUCGGGUCUCGAUGUCACGGCGGGCGGCAAGGGAUCAAGCAUCGUACCCAACAAGGCUACAACCAGAUUCUUCCUUCUCGCCACCAUCAUGACCUACCCGCACAUCCCUCGUUUGGGCCAAAGCUGGCCCCUUCCACCUGCUAAUGAGAUCGGAUUGGACGCCAGAGGCGUUAGUGCGUGGCAUCUCCUCCUCUCCGCCGAAAGCGUGGCUCUGGCACUUCCCAAAUCUACGGCGAUGUAUAAAGACAAAGUCGUCGCUGUUCGGCUCAUAGGGUGGUUCAUCAAGGAUUUUUGGGAACACGGCCAGAGUACAGGGUACGCACGAUUGUGUAAAGAGGUAUUCUCCUGUAACGUGUCCACGGCACCUGAGGACGCUGUGGGAGUCGCCUUGUGUAAUGAGAAGAUAUUCACCAUGGGCUUGGAUCUUCGAAAUCAACUCCUUCGCGUCUUCUACGCCCGUACCGAUCGCGUCCCGACCCCAUCUGCCCACGCUUCCCGUCCAUCUUAUGAAAAGCAUAGAGCCAGAAUACUGAACGAUAUGGCCAACGUCAAACCUGGAGAAGGAAGGACCCGAUCUCAGGCCAAGGCUGAUGCACUUUUGCGGGAUGGUUACAAAUGCGUUUUGACGGGCUUAUACGACAACAAUACUCUCCAGACCAUUCCCGAGCUCGAAGCGAAAGCGUCGGCAGAGGGUGUAAGUAACAUCGGGACCCACGUCGUUCACCUAUUCUCCGCCACGGCCCAAUCUAACCCAGACUAUGCGACAAGUGCGCUGUCAAUUCUGGAAAUGUUUGGCUUGGGAGCCGCGGUACAAAACUUACUCGGAAAACGUGUCAAUAACUUGUUCAACGUCAUGACCAUGUGUCUGAACUUACAUGUGGACUUUGACCACUUUCUCUUUUGGUUAGAAGCUGUUCCUGGACAAGAACACACCUACAACGUUGUUGCGCGCAAUCCACGGGUUUUCUUCGGCCAGACGCCGACGCCACUCAGACAAGUGAAGUUUCGCGUUGAUCCCGAUGCGGAACGAGAUGCUGCCGGCCUUAAGGUCCCCAUUCGCCUGGAUUUGCCUGAUCCCCAGCUGAUUGCCAUCCGCGCUGCAUGCGCCCGUGUUGCUGCGAUGUCUGGUGCCGCCGAUCAAUUUCUCCAGAUGUACAAGGACCGUGAUGAAGACGAGUUGGGCACACUGGCGGAUUCGGAGUCUGCGGUUUACCUCUUGGAUUCUCUGUUGCAAACCAUCUCUGCUCGAAGCUGAGCUUUCACGCUCCGAUCUCAUUCUGUGUCCCCCACAUAGUUCUUGUGUGAUAGUAUCAUGCUAAUGUAGUAUUUCUUGCUGUCCAUGCAGCCUUGACCCUAGUAAGCUGCACAUGGCAUCGCUAUUUGACGACCGACGCGCAAUCCUGACCGUCAUCUCACUUCGACCAUGACACGAGUAUCCAGAUUCCGGACCAGCAAGGCCGAUCUUCCUCAAACCGUGGAUGAACCGUCCGAUACUUUCUUGGUGAGUUCGCCAAUUUGGCGGUAUCUUGCUUUUAGAUCUCACACCUCUCCUAGGGCAACGAACGCGUGCUUGUCGUUGCGUCAGACGACAUUGUCAGCAUGGAUCUCUCUGCGCCGCAUUCGAAGAACUGAUGAAGUUCGACUGGCGCUUUCAGACGUAGAACAAGAGUCCAUCCGUCUUCUCGAUCUAGUAUUCGCGAGCAUCCGCUUCAAGAUGUCUCUCUCCUCGAACGGUUUCAAAACCUUGCCAUUCUCGGGUACUGCUUUCCAAGCUCCUUGCAUCCUUUCCACCGAGAACCUACAGUCUGUUCUUUUCUCCUGCUUCCCUUUGUCGCUGCUGUUGCUCAUGUCUCUUCUAGUAUACCCUCCGUUCUCGGCUGACAAGGUUGAGAGUGUCCAUCGAUGGUUUCAGGUGAAGACCCUGAAAAGCCGCCGGCGGCCGCAAGAUGAGAGAAUUCAUCACCACAGUUGAAUUGAGACUCACGAAGCAAGCUGAGAAUACCUCUUGAGCGCCUCCACUAUCUGUCCCGCGGGAUCUACGAGAGCUCGUAUCAGCGAUGUCGCCUCGGGAAUGGCAGCGCUUUACUCAUAAUGUGCGAGCGACGCGGUCUAGGCAAUGUGUGAGCCAAGAUGCAUCCUUCUGAGGGAAUAAGUAGUCUGCGCGACGACUGUCGGAGGAGUCGUCUGCGAUGAAAUCCUGAUAGAUCGAUGAUUAGCCAGGCAAUGCCAACGCCACGUAACAGAAUGUCUUUACCUCGACUGAGAUGAAAUUCACGGAAAGAAUGGACGUCUGCAUCAAAAAGAGUUUUGGAGGCGAAUCUUUGCAUGCAGCAUCUAACUCUUCUUUGAAUUCUUCGCGGCCACUCGCCAUCGGACGUGCUCCUCCAACGAUUGAUUCCCUGCUCUUGUCGACCAUCUUUUCCCCAUUCAUAUCACAAUCCACGCGUCAGACAUCUCAGCACUGGAUCUGGAUCGUGCACUGAGACUGCGAAGGAUUCGUUUGAUGAUGUCGAACUUCCUCAUCGGACUGGAAAGAGCACGGCAGCCAUCUGACCCGCAAAGCAUGGACUUUCUUCACUGUCUAUGUUUGGGAUGCUAAUACCACUGCUCCAUUGGGCGUGCAGGUCUCCGGAGAUACGGUCGACUUUAAGGAAGCGGGUCCAUGAUUGCAAGCAUGACUCGGAUAUGUAAAGGCUACAUGAGAGCUCACAUCGGUCAUGAGAAGCAGACAGUAGUCUUGGCUGUUGCCAAUGCUUUCCACACUGUGGCAGAGCGUCCUUCCUCUUAUCACGCACCAUGAAUUGCAUGCCCUCAUGCCACGGCAUACGUGACUGUGAUUUUGACGCUUUCGACAUGGUUGACCCAGCCAGGGUACUGUUGGAGGUAGACGUCAGUGCCAAUUGGAAAAAGGUGCGGAAGAACUUACCCGCGCUCUCGCAAGGACGGCAAUGCAGUCCCCAUGUCUCAGUUUCUGCACGAAACCAUCGCCAUCACCAGCACCUGUCUCAAGCCAUGGGGAUUCCGCGGGCGAUUCUGCCGAGCUCCAAAUGAUAGAGUGUUCUCGAAUGUCGCUGGAGCCGCAAAAGUUCUUUUGCAACAGCCAACGGGUCGCAUUUUCGUCGUUGGUUACUGGGACCUCAAAGUCGGGUUCGUAGUUCUUGUGAGAUACGGGUCGGUGGCCAUCCGGAAGGCGCAGGAUGGCAGCUUCGAACCAGCUAGAGCCGCGGUAUGUGCCUGUAAUGAGGUAAGAGGGACUGGCUCGGAGCGCUUGUACGAUGAUACAUACCUUGAAGACUAGCAUCGCUACACCAUCCCUGGUCCCGACUCUUGAUGUCAUACUCAACGCUUUUGAUUCGCAGCGGAAUCCCACCCUCAGCUAUAACCUCAUCCGCUGGCCCGUAUCCACGCAGAAUAGGUUUCGACACAAGAUAGACGUGGUGCGCAUCGUUUUGCGGAGCGUGCGAUGCUGCAGCUACAAGUCGCUCUGCUCGUAUGUCCUCCACGUGGGUCAGAUCGCUGAGUUCGACCACGAUGAGAACGAGUUCCGGCGGGAGGAAGCGAAGGAGGACUGUGUAUGCCAUGGUGAUGCGGUCCGGGCCCGUUACUGCAGGAGUAGGAGAUGAGACUUGAGUUCAGAGCGAAGUAAGCAGAAGUACGGGUAGCCGGUGGAUCAUCGUUGACGUCGGCCGAUUGAACGAACAGGGAGAGAGCGCUAGAGAUGAUCGAAAACAUACGGACAAGGAGACCUUUGGAAAGUCCGAUACAUGAACCAACAGCAAAAAUGACGAGAAGAUCUAAGCUGCACUGUCUCAGUCAGAACAAGAACCCUGGGGCUAGGCUAUCCGUCCGCUUGUUCCCGGAUUUGUAAGCUCUGACGUAGUAGCGGUGAUGGUGGUUUCCCGAUUUACAUUCGGUCCCUCACACAACUUUCACAGCCCAAUUCUGCGGCGCCCGUGACUACCAUGGGCCAUGAGCAUCUCUUAUCCCAGAGUAUGGCGUAAUUGAAAGAUCAUCUUUGUCAUCUAGUGGUAUAUCAUCGCACCGAUGGCUCGACCUCCGCUCUCUCAGAAUCUCCAAUGCCUAUCCCAUCUACUGCGCGACAAUAUAUAUUCCCCAAGCUUGGCUCCCUCGAUAAUCUGGUGCUACUCCCUGAUGCACCGGUGCCCAAGCCCAAGCCGACCGAGGUCCUGCUCAAGGCACACGCCGUCUCGCUGCAGUAUCGCGACCUGAUCGUGGCGAAUGGCACCUAUCCUAGCCGCUUGCCUGACAAUCUGAUCCCGUGCUCUGACGUCGCCGGUGAAAUUGUUGCGGUGGGCGACGCCGUCAAGGAUUGGAAAGUCGGGGAUCGCGUGUGCCCGAACUUCAUGCUGGGGAAACUCUUCGGGGAUGAAACGACCGAAGCCAUAUCUGCGACGGCGCUCGGUGGAGCCGUCGAUGGGACCCUGGUCGAAUAUCGCGCGUAUCCUUCCCAAGCGCUUGUGAAGAUUCCGGAUCACCUGAGCUACGAGGAAGCGUCGACCCUGCCCUGUGCGGCGCUCACGGCGUACAACGCGCUCCUUGACGGGUACGAGCCUUUGAAAGGUGGAGACACAGUCCUCGUUCUGGGAACGGGUGGUGUGUCGAUCUUCGCUCUCCAAUUCGCAAUCGCAUCUGGCGCCACGGUGAUCUGUACGUCCUCUUCGGACGAAAAGCUCAAGAUCGCCAGCAAGCUCGGCGCGCAGCACGUUAUCAACUACAACACGACGCCGGACUGGGACGAAGAGAUCAAACGACUCACCAGCGGGCGUGGUGUCGAUCACAUCAUCGAGGUCGGAGGCAACGGCACACUCAUGAAAUCCAUCAAUGCUUUGCGUAUCGGUGGGGCUAUCAGCAUCAUCGGCUUCGUUGGCGGCCACAACAUCGCGGCGCCCGAUAUCAUUGGCAUUUGCAUCCGCAAGUCGCUAAAGAUCCGCGGCAUUCAGGUUGGAUCAGUACAACAAUUCAAUAACAUGAACAAGCUCAUCGCAGCGAAUCCAGCGGUCACUCGUCCCGUCGUAGACAAAGUGUUCCCGUUCAACGAAGCCAAGGCGGCCUAUCAGUAUCUUGCUUCUCAGGCUCACGUUGGGAAGGUUGUCAUCAGAGUGGAUUGAAACCGCUGCAAGUAUCACAGUAAAUUCGCAGAAACAAAUGUGAUCCAAG